CUUCCUCCAGCUCAGUCCCGUCAGUGGAGCGCGAGGCGCGGCACACGCACACACACCGCUCACACACACUCACUCUCCGACACGCGUGAAAGGUGUCACACACACCCAGAGAGAAAGAGGAGAGACUCACCGGAGGACUUUGAUUUCGGACUGGAGCAUGAAUUUGCCAUCAAGCCGUCGCUCCACACUUCUUGACAAACCAAGUGAGGCUUCCACGGGAAACGCAGACGGACGCAGGUUUUAAAUGCAACAUCUUACCUUGCGGAGGGCGAUGCGCGCGACUCUUAAUCCAUAAACUGCCACAGUUUUGUAUGUUUGCAAAAAAGACGCCGAGCGCAGCCUGGAUAUAUCUCCCGCAGAUCUGUUGUUUGCGCUCUUGGAGGAGACAAGGGGGCUGAAUAUUUGGACGCUGCGUGCAUUUGAGCGCAAUAUCUCAGAGACUGGGACUCGCGUCGGAGCCGAGUUUUGACUCCUCAUCAUGGGGUUCGGCGCGCGGACUGACAGAGAGGGAGGAAGAGGAGUGCAGAGAUCUGCUCCUGAGAUGAUGCUCGUGUCCUGGCUUUUCCUCUUUCUCCUGCUGGAUGUCGGAGUGGCUCAAGUUGAGGAUGACUUCAUCGGUCUCGGUGAACUGCCGGAAACCUUCCCAUCAGACCCCCCGGAGCCCCUGCCUGUGUUUUUGAUGGAACCAGAGGAGGCCUACAUUGUCAAGAACAAGCCGGUCAACUUGUACUGCAAAGCCACGCCCGCCACCCAGAUCUACUUCAAGUGCAACAGCGAGUGGGUUCACCAGAAGGAGCACACCGUGGAGGAGCGGGUUGAUGAGAACUCUGGCUUGGUGGUGAGGGAGGCCAGCAUAGAGAUCACUCGGCAGCAGGUGGAGGAGCUGUUUGGGCCGGAGGACUUCUGGUGUCAGUGUGUGGCCUGGAGCUCGGCGGGGACCACCAAGAGCCGCAAAGCCUUCGUCCGCAUCGCUUACUUGAGGAAGACGUUCGACCAAGAACCGCUGGGGAAGGAAGUGUCACUUGAACAGGAAGUGUUGCUCCAGUGUCGUCCACCUGAAGGCAUACCAGCUGCUGAGGUGGAGUGGCUAAAGAACGAGGAAGUGAUCGAUCCGGCGGACGACAGGAACUUCUACAUCACCAUCGACCACAAUCUCAUCAUCAAACAGGCCCGCCUGUCCGACACCGCCAACUACACCUGUGUCGCGAAGAACAUCGUGGCCAAGAGACGCAGCACCACCGCCACCGUUAUCGUCUACGUGAAUGGUGGUUGGUCAACGUGGACAGAAUGGUCAGUGUGCAACAGCCGCUGUGGCCGUGGUUACCAGAAGCGCACGCGCAGCUGCACCAACCCAGCGCCACUCAACGGCGGCGCCAUCUGUGAAGGACAAGGCAUCCAGAAGCUGGCGUGUAAUCCUCUCUGCCCAGUGGAUGGCCUGUGGACAGAGUGGAGUAAGUGGUCCACCUGUGGGACAGAGUGCACACACUGGCGGAGGCGAGAAUGCGGCGCUCCGGCACCCAAAAAUGGGGGGAAGGACUGUGAGGGCAUGGUACUCCAGUCCAAGAACUGCACCGAUGGGCUGUGCAUGCAGAGUUCCUUAUUUCAGAAGUCCUCUGAGGCCAAAGACAAGGGUGAUUUGGGAAAUUCAUUGGCGCCCAGUACAGAUGACGUAGCUCUGUAUGUGGGGAUCGUCAUCGCCGUGAUCAUGUGCCUGGUCAUCUCUGUCGUCGUGGCGCUCUUCAUCUACAGGAAGAACCACCGGGACUUCGACUCCGACAUCAUCGAUUCCUCGGCCCUCAACGGCGGCUUCCAGCCAGUCAGCAUCAAGACUGCCCGCAAAGCAGAACUCCUAACGGCACCCCCUGACCUGACCUCAGCGGCCGCCAUGUACCGCGGCCCCGUCUACGCCCUCCACGACGUCGCCGACAAGAUCCCCAUGACCAAUUCUCCUCUGCUGGACCCUCUUCCCAACCUGAAGAUUAAGGUGUAUAACUCGUCAGGUUUAGUGACACCACAGGACGACCUGGGAGGGGAGUUUUCCUCUAAAUUGUCACCUAAGCUGCCUCACUGCCUCCUGGACAACAGUGACAGCACCAUGGGGCGUCGCAUGCAGACCCAGACGCUGCUCCGCACCAGGGACCCAUCCUGCACCGCUCUGGGUUCCUUCAGCUCCCAGGGGGGGCACCUCAUUGUGCCAAACUCAGGGGUGAGUCUGCUAAUUCCAGCUGGAGCCAUUCCUCAGGGCAGAGUGUAUGAGAUGUAUGUGACGGUUCAGAGGAAGGACAUCAUGAGGCCCGUGGUGGAUGAUGGCCAAACAGUCCUGAGCCCUGUGGUGAGCUGCGGGCCACCUGGGGCCCUGUUGACUCGGCCCGUCAUCAUCACCAUGCACCACUGCGCGGUGUUUGACGGCCAACAGGACUGGCUGAUCCAGCUCAAGAACCAGUCACCGCACAACCAGUGGGAGGAUGUCGUCGUGGUUGGCGAAGAGAACUUCACGACGCCGUGCUACAUCCAAAUGGACGACGAGUCCUGCCACAUCCUGACCGAGACGCUGGGCACCUACUGCCUCGUGGGCCAGACUCUCAGCGCUGCCACCACCAAGCGCCUCAAACUCGCCAUCUUCGGCCCCGUCACCUGCCCCGCCAUGGAGUAUCACAUCAGGGUCUACUGCCUGGACGACACGCAGGACGCACUCAAGGAAGUGCUGCAAAUGGAGAAGCAGAUGGGUGGAAAGUUGCUGGAUGAACCAAAGACACUCAACUUUAAAGACAGUACUCACAACCUGAGACUUUCCAUCCACGAUGUCCCCCACACACUGUGGAAGAGCAAGCUAUUGGCCAAGUACCAGGAGCUUUCCUUUCAGCAGGUGUGGAGCGGUGCACAGAGGAACGUCCACUGCUGCUUCACCCUGGAGCGCUUUUCUGUCGGCACGGUGGACCUGGCCUGUAAGAUAUGUGUGCGCCAAGUGGAGGGAGAAGGACAGAUUUUUCAGCUGGACACCACACUGUCAGAGGAUUCCCAGAAUAUUGACACGUCCCUGCUGGACCCUGCCAGUAACAUCACCACACUAGUUGGGCCCAAUGCCUUCCGCAUCCCUGUCUCCGUCCGGCAGAAGUUGUGUGGCAGCCUGGAUGCGCCGCAGAACAGGGGCAAUGACUGGAGAAUGUUGGCCCACAAACUUAACGUUGACAGGUAUCUUAACUACUUUGCCACCAAAUCCAGUCCUACAGGAGUGAUACUGGAUCUGUGGGAAGCCCAGCAUUUUCCCGAUGGCAAUCUCAGCCGCCUCGCUCAGGUACUUGAGGAGAUGGGACGUCACGACAGCCUUGUUCCCGCGAUGACUGAGCACUGACAUCUGCCCGCCAGGGAAUGUGAAAUUCCAGGGAGGAAGAAGAAGACAUAAAAGGCAAAAAAACAAGAGCUGGAAAAAGCCCGAACGCAGCAGAGUCAUUUGGCAUCACAGUUGACAAGUGCACACACACAUACACACACACACUUUCAGACACUGUGUGUGCAUGUGGUGGUGGUGGUGGUGGUGGUACACUCAAAGAAAUAAGAAGAUAAAAACAGCUAGGUCUACUCAGCCAUGACCCAGUUAAACAUUGGCAACAAAGGGUGUAUAAACUUGGGAGGGUAAACAAGAAUCUGUGCCAGUCAUUUCUCUCUGGCUGAUCCUCUCUCUCUCUGGUAGAACAACUUGAUAUUUUUGGCUCUGGUUUCCUUGGAAUAGCGAUGAGCGGAUGUAUGUGGAUGAUGCCAUCGACCGUCAGCCAACAGUCUUUGAGUGCCGACACAUUACCAGGGGUCAAAGGAUCCAAAGGAGCAUGGCUUUGUUCAGAGGGGGGAAAAAAAAGCACCUCUCACCCUCUGGAAAACUGGUCUCCAUAGCAACUCCAUGGAGUAUGUGUUCUGUGAUAACAUAGUAUUUAAUAUGUCUAUUUAUACAUAUCAUUCUUUUUUGUUGUUGUUGUUGUUGUUGUUUUUGUGCUGCCUCUUAGGGAAUACUGUGUAGUGUCCUCACAUUUUUUUUUUCUUCUUUCAUUAUGUUUGAUUGUGUCAUAGCACCCCCUGGUGGACUCUUGCAGUUAUGACUCAUCCUGUCAGCCACACAUGUACAUGUACAGAAGAUGAUGUAACCAUUUACCAUUUUAGUGUUGCUUUUGUUACUAAUAUUAUUAUUGUUUAUUAUUAUUAUUAUUAUUAUUAUUAUUAUUUGUUACGUAGAUUUCUUUUCAAGUACGUUUGCUUCUUUUGUUGCACGUCUUCAAAAAUAUUCUUUUGAUAUUCUGAAUUUUUCCUAAUCAGGUCAUUUUUGGCUAACUCCACCAGUACUUUUAAACGGAAGGCAAUCACACAUUGUGUUCUGAAACUGACAAGUGACGGUUUGUAUGUGGUGCGAGAUUCACGAACGAGACCAGGCAGGAGACGAGAGGCAGGCGCUGUUGAGGAGUCGAUCAAAUAAUGUAUAUUUUUAUAGGACCAAUGCAACUGAAUACAACUGCUUUGUACCAAAAAUUGACAUACAGUGUAUGAGAUUAAAUUUAAUAUACACAGUGAUCAUCCUAAUGUCAAAUGUCAUUUCAAAAAAAAAAAAGAAAAAAGAGAGAGACUUUUCCUUUUGUUUGUUCUGAACUGAAUGACUCGUCUGCAGUGUUUGGGGCGAAUCACGUGGAUUUUGUGUGGUUGUGCGUUCACGUACGGACGCCGCUGAUUUCACACUGACUGUGCGUAAAGGUCACUUACGUAGUUUUCAAAUGCAUUUGCAAAUGCAGACAUUUCAUUUGAUUUAGCAGCACUUGUGAUCCCUUUUUUUCAAGUGGUUUUAAUCGAUCGCAGUUGUCCCAGUUUUCUCCGUAAAGCCGUCUAUGCAAACGUUGCAUCUGCUGUUUUUUUUUUAAACAAUCCUCAGUGGACGAACUUCUGCAUUCCCUAGUUAUUGUUCAGAUUCAUGAUCAUCAUUAUUAUUAUUAUUAUUAUUACUGUUGUGUAGUGAGAAUGUAGCCUGUCUGUCUCCGGCACUCACAGUGUACUUCGCGAAUGCUUGCAUUGUCAUCUGUCAAGUGACUGUACAAAGUGUAAGAAAGAAUUUUUAAAGACUAAUAAUAAAUUAUAUUUAUAUGCAA